AUCUCUCUCUCUCUCUCUCUCUCUCUCUCUCUAGGGAAGAAGACAAGAGUCAAAACACAGGAAGCAAUACGAACGCGACAAUCCGAGCAUCCAUGGCCGUUUCUUCCUCUCUCACCAAACCCUAAUUCCAAUUUCCUCCCCUUUCUCUCUCCUUUUCCAUAUAUCAAAUGGAUCUCUCCGACGACGCCGCCGCCGCCAGAGGAGGUUCUCGCCAUCUAGUCGAUCCCUCUCUUUCAAUCGUCCCCAGAUCUACUCCUCCCGAAGACCCCACGACCUCCUCCCCAGCGACAGCGGCGGCGACUACUUCCGGAGUUGUAACGAAACGUUCGACGAAAGACCGCCACACGAAAGUCGACGGAAGAGGGCGGCGAAUCAGGAUGCCGGCUCUCUGCGCCGCUAGGGUUUUCCAGCUAACGAGAGAGCUCGGGCACAAGUCCGACGGAGAAACCAUCGAGUGGCUUCUCCAGCAAGCUGAGCCGGCGAUAGUCGCCGCUACUGGCACCGGAACCAUCCCGGCCAACUUCUCCUCUCUGAGCGUCUCGCUCCGAAGCAGCGGCUCGACUCUCUCCGCGCCGCCGUCGAAGUCGGUGCCUCUCUACGGCGCUCUCGGGCUGACUCACCAUCAGUACGAGGAGCAAGGAGGGGCGUUUGGUGCUCACACGCCGCCGCUUCUAGGGUUUCAUCACCAUCUCCAACAGCAUCAACAACAGCAACAUCAUCAACAAGCUCCGGCGGAAACGAUUCCGGGUCCCGACGGCGAGAGUUUCUCGAGGAAACGGUAUAGAUCGGUUGAUUCGUCGAAGGAGGACGGUGAAGGGAAGCAAAACGAGAACAAAUCUUUGAAGGAAAGCGAACCUCCGGCGGCUGCCACGGGGGCGCCGAUGUGGGCGGUGGCUCCGACGAAUAGGUCCGCCGGUGGGAACACCUUUUGGAUGCUUCCGGUACCAACCACCGCCGCCGGGAAUCAGCCAGCUGCUAUGGAGAGCAGCAGCAACGCCAGCCGUGCGCAUAUGUGGCCGUUCGGAGGCGGCGGCGCCGGAGCUGGGGGAGGAGGUGCGACUCAUUUUAUGGCGGGAACGGGGUUUAGUUUUCCGAUGGAUCAGUACAGAGGAAGUCCGCUUCAGUUAGGUUCCUUCUUGGCUCAGCCGCAGCAACCGAAUCAGAAUAUAGGUUUGAGUAUACCGGACUCUAAUCUUGGGGUGCUUGCCGCUUUGAACGCGGCGUAUCCGAGAGGUGGAAACGCAAACGCGGAACAAGUGAACAAUGCCGUGGAACAUCAAGAGAAGCAGCAGCCACAACAGAGCGAUCAGGAUGAUGAUAGUAGAGAUGAGAAUUCAAAUAGCGAUGGGUGAUUGAUGACUAAUCUUAUGAAGCAUUGAAUUUGGUAAGAGUUUAAUUUAAAACGUUUGUAGCGGUUUGAAUAUUUGUUGCGAGGUUUGUGUGAAGUUUGAUUAUUUGUUUCGAGGUUUGUGUGUGUUGUAGUACUAGUAGUCUUUAGAGAAGAAUUUGUGUGUGAAUGAAUUGUUUCAUGAGAAGAGAAUGUUUUCAUUGUAUAGGAGGAAUGAUGGAUGGGACCGUGAUUUUUUUUCUC